GGGUGGCGGCAGGCGCCGUGUCAUGGAGGCGCCCCGGGUGCCGCGGGGACCUCACUUGCCUGCACCGGCGAUUCCGGAGGAGCGGCGCGAGCGGCGGCCGCGGAGGAGAGCCGAGGAGGCGCAAGAGGAGGCAGUCUUUCGGGACGUGGUCCGUUUUGCCCCGGACCCUUUGCCAGUCAGGUACUAUGACCAGGACACCACCGCGCCCAUCAGCUUUUACCUGUCGUCCCUGGAGGAGCUCCUGGCGUGGACGCCCGGCGCGGGGGACGGCUUCAACGCGGCCCUGGUGCCCGUCCAGGGCCGGCAGCCCCCUCUGAGCAGCCGGCGGCCCCGCACCUUGCUCUGCCAUGACAUGAUGGGCGGGUACCUGGAGGACAGGUUCAUCCAGGGCUCCGCGGCCCAGAGCCCCUACACCUUCUACCACUGGCAGUACAUCGACAUCUUCGUGUACUUCAGCCAUCACCUGGUCACCGUCCCCCCGGUGGGCUGGACCAACGCCGCGCACAGGCACGGGGUCCGGGUGCUGGGCACUUUCAUCACCGAGUGGAAGGAGGGGGGGCAGCUGUGCGAGGCCUUCCUGGCCGGCGGUGACCGCUCGUACCAGGCGGUGGCGGACCGGCUGGUGCUGCUGGCCCAGUUUCUGCGCUUCGACGGCUGGCUGAUCAACAUCGAGAACUCCCUGAGCCCGGCCGCCGUGGGGAACACGCCCCGCUUCCUGCGGUACCUGACCACUCAGCUCCACCAGCAGGUCCCGGGCGGCCUGGUGCUCUGGUACGACAGCGUGGUGAGCAGCGGGCAGCUCAAGUGGCAGGACGAGCUGAACGAGCACAACAGGGUGUUCUUCGACUCCUGUGACGGCAUCUUCACCAACUACAACUGGGGGGAGGAGCACCUGGAGCGCAUGCGGGGCCCGGCCGGGGAGCGCCUGGCCGACGUCUACGUGGGAGUGGACGUGUUCGCCCGGGGGAACGUCGUGGGCGGCCGGUUUGACACCAACAAGUCGCUGGAGCUGAUCCGGAAGCACGGGCUCUCGGCGGCCCUGUUCGCGCCCGGCUGGGUGUACGAGUGUUUGGAGAAGACGGAGUUCUUCCAGAACCAGGACAAGUUCUGGAGUUUGCUGACGCGGUACCUGCCCACCCACAGCAUCUGCUCCCUGCCCUUCGUCACCUCCUUCUGUCUGGGCCUGGGCACCCGCAGGGUCUGCUACGGCCAGGAGGAGGCGGUGGGGCCCUGGUACCACCCGGGCGCCCAGGAGCCGCAGCCCCUGUUUGGGGAGCACAGGCUGGAGGGGCCGGGGCGGGGCUGGGUGAAGACGCACAGCUGCCUGGCCGACGCCUGGAACGGGGGCAGCUCCCUGCUCGUCCGGGGCACGAUCCCGCCCGAGGUGGGGCACGUGGCUGUGAGGCUGUUCUCCCUGCAGGUCCCGGUGCCCCCCAAGCUCUUCCUGUCCCUGGUGUAUAAGCUGGAGGGGACGACGAAGGUCAGGGUGGCUCUGGAGCUCACCACAGGGGACGCGGGCAGCUGCCACGUCGGUGGCAUCUCGGCGUUGAAUGCAGAAACGAGCGCCAGGCACAGACCCCGGCCCCUCCGGGUGCCCCCCACCAAGCUGGCCAGGUGGGCGGCCCGCUGUGGCCAGCAGCUCGGCGGGGGCUGGGUCCAGCGCUGCUACGAGCUGAGCCUGCGCGGCUGCCUCCUGCAGGACCUCUUCGUGAGCUUCUCGCGGGCUCCGGGCGGCCGGGAGGAGGAGGAGUUCACCUGUCGCCUCGGAGAGAUCCAGGUGGUGGACGCCGACAGCCUGCUGAGCCCUCUGCCCCAGGUGCAGGCCAUCUCCGUGUCCAGGAUCGGCUGGCAGCGGGCGGCCCCCCCGGAAGGCGGGGGCCCCCCAGCUGGGCUCCGGCUCAGCUGUACCCUGCACUGGUCCUACCCUCUGCCCCACGCCCGCUGCUUCCGGAUCCACUGUCGCCCAGGGACAGGGGGUGGUCCCCCCGGCACGGGGCCCCCGGGGCCGGAGAAGCCCGCGCUCCUGGGCCUGGCUUUUGCCAACCAGUACCGCGUCGUGGACCUGGCGGUGGCUGAGGCCCGGCCCGGCCAGGACGGCCGCGUGGAGUUCCUGGUGGAGCCGGUUCCCAGGGAGGGGUUCCUGGUGCCGCAGGCCGAGUGGGGCCGGGCGGCCCUGCUGUACGCCAUGCCCAGCACGUGAGCGGACACAGACGCCGGCGCCGGCCCCGCCGCACGGCCGGGGCUCCUUGCACGCGGGGCGUGGACUGUGCAGACAGCGGCGAGGACGUGGGGCCGUGUCCUUCCUGGUGGGGCCUUGGUGACAGGAGCACCGAGGAGGCGGUGUGCUGGGCGCUGAUUCCCUAGGGUGCCCGGGCCCCCGGCUUUGUCCAGUCCCUCUCUGCAGUGCACAGUUCCCGGGGAAAUGGGAGGAUCUGGGAAAGUCGAGUCCAGACAACUCCAUAAAGCGCGUUUCCUAACUGG